AUGGAGCUGGAGAUUACCAACGAAUCCAAGAUCGCUUCGUUCCAAUGCGACACCGGCAUUGACAACUUGACGCCAGAAAGCGCGACAGAGAUCUUCGAUGAAUAUUGUCACAAAUCUUUGAAGCUGUCAGAAGAGUUGCCGUCUGCCAAGCUCGAGACAGAAAACGGGCGCCGCACGUUCAGUGUAGAACAUCUGCCGGAGAAUGCAGCAACAUACUGCUACAAGUGCUCCUCUCCCGGUGUUUAUGACAAGAAGGAGCUGCCCAGCCAGAACUCAAAUGCAUGCACCGUGAAAAUAAAGGUUUCUGCCGCUAAUGUCGGCAGUGCUGCAGUUACCUCAGCCACCACAGGUGUAGCGUCGCCUCUGGUUCUAGGGUCAGCUAUUUCACUAUUCUUUUUCCUGUCUAUUUUGUAA